UCACAUUGGGUAGUUUGGAAACAAAUUGUUUAAGUACAUAGUUUGUUCAGGCGGCCCAAAUAUUACACACAUAUUCUGUCGAUGUGAAUAGCUGGUAGUCGUGCUGGUGGCUGGUGGCUGGUGGCUGGUGGCUGGUGGCCCGCUCCCCGAUGGCCGUAGUUCGCAACCAGGUGUCAUCUAAUGAUGGUCAGCAGCAGUCGACCGGCGGACCGGACAGGCGGCGCUCUACAGACACUGUCACGAUGCAGCCGACGGUGUCUCCGUGGGCGUGGGUGUCGUCCCUGGACCGGCGCGCGCGCACUCGUGCCGCCGCCGAGCACGCGCGCCCGCACUACAGGGAACACGACAAGUUCGCCUUCUACGGACUGCGCAAGGACACGCGACACUUCAUCAGACUGGACCCGCUGCCGAAGGGUCUGCUCCUGCCGCGGCAGUGGGCGGCUCCCACCGCGCCUCCCAUCACGUGGCGCGUGGACCGCUUCCAUGACGUCGAUACCUGGGAGAUCUCCAACAUGAAGGUUGAUUCGAUUAUAUCGAUAUUUAUUGUUGUCAAAAUGCCAAGUUAAAUGCGAGAAUAAUUCGGAGCUUGGUGAUUAAUGGUUAUAGUGCAAAUAAAUUUGAUUGGACUUGAGAUUGUUGGAUUGUAGAUGUAAGAUAAUAAUGGAAAGUGCACUAGUUAUUAAUUUGCAUUAAAUGUCUUGUAAAUGUGAUCUGAUAUUUUAAAGUUAAUUUAUAUAUACCACCUAUACAGCCUAAAUGUUAAGCUAUGAUCAUAAGGUUAUCUGAAAAAGUUUUGCCGAUUAGGUACAGUAAAAAAUAUCAUCGAUUGUCGUUAAAUGUAAUUGCAUCAUUACGACCCAUCUUACCUAAUGUGAACAACUGUAAGAAAUAACUUGAAAAACAAUACCGUUAUCGAUUUGCGAUUGUUUAUUCUUCACGCAUUGACAUCUGAAAGGACAAAUUAAUUUUCAAUUUUUUUUAAUCGAUUCUAAUAAUAUCGAGAAUCGAUUCUAUCGGCAUGGUAUGCUCUAUCGGAUGUUUGUGAGUUUGUAAAUGUUGGUUUACGUCAUAGUUUGUCCAGUUGAAGGCAUUUUUAUUGUAAACGUUUAUCGUUCCUGUGGACUGACGGGAUGAUUGCAUUUUUUCAUUAAUUUUUGACAUUUAAUUUGGAGAAUGUUGGCUCUUUUAUUGUUCGUGUCUCUAUAAACAAUAUUGAACCUUGUUGUCAUUGUCAUAAAGGUUUUUGUUUUUGAACAGUUGACUUUAGUCUCGUCGGCCGAAAGAGCUUUCAUCAAUACGUUAAUCGCAGUUUUUUGUUGUGGAAAAUUAUUGAUUAUUAUCGAUAAUUUUCGCUUAUGGUCACCAUCUUGUGGCGUUGUGACUACGUUGUAUGGCUCCCACUUUUUAUAUAGCAGCUUAUUUUAAUAUACUGUGUGUGUUGUUCGUGUAUUUUUUUAACUGAUUGUUCUCUGCCAUUUAUAAGAGGUUAUCAAGAACUUAUGACACUGUUAUGACUUUAUUGUUAUUAAUAUUACUGAAAGAAAUAUUUAGUUGUUUAUUGGCAGACUCUUAAGUCGUCUGGUCUCCUCUUUUUUGUUAACCUUUUACGCUUUACAGAAAGAGGGUUGCGAUU